UUAAUGCCUCUACUUAUAAGUUUGGCAUACUAAUUUAGCCGAGUUUCUAAUCACAAACCAGACUUUGAUUCGAAUGAUAGCUGAAAUAACCCUCUUCUCCUCCCAUCCUUUUUUUUCAUACAAAACAAACCGUUUUGGGCUUUUGGCUCAACAAAUAAACAACCCUUGACCAAACCAAAACGGUGCGUUUAGGAACCUCAAAUAUGGAUAAAUUUAGAUUUUCAAUUGUCUAGAACGUUCAGCCAUGCCAUGAAAGCCAUUUCAAAGCUCAAAAGCAUAGCAUCUGCAUCACCUUCGCGUUCGCGUUCACUCUCUCUCGUCUCCAUUGGUUCGCGCAAUGUGCCAGCCUCCUCCUUCUCGUCUCUGCUCGAUGAGUUCACCAACUUCUGCUAUCAAAGAGACCUCCCACGAGCCAUGAAGGCCAUGGACGCUAUGCAAAGACACGGCAUCUGGGCCGAUUCUAUCACUUACUCCGAGCUCAUCAAGUGUUGCUUGGCUCGCAGGGCUGUCAAUGAGGCUAAGCUUGUUCAUAACCAUGUCUUCUCUAAUGGGCACCAGCCAAAAACCUUUCUUAUCAACAUUCUUCUCAACAUGUACGUGAAAUUUAACCUUUUGGAUCAAGCUCAGGAACUGUUCGACCAAAUGCCUGAAAGAAACGUUGUUUCAUGGACAACGAUGAUUUCAGCUUACACUAAUGCUAAGCUCAAUGCCAAGGCACUCAAGUAUUUGAUACUGAUGCUUAGAGAAGGUGUCAUGCCUAAUAUGUUCACUUACUCUUCAGUUUUGAGAGCCUGUGAUGGGUUAUUAAGUCUCACACAGCUGCAUUGUAGUAUUAUCAAAGCUGGUUUAGAAUCCGAUGUCUUUGUUCGGAGUGCUCUUAUUGAUAUAUACUCAAAAUUGGGUGAGUUGCAAAAUGCACUAGGUGUUUUCAAUGAGAUGGUGACUGGAGAUUUGGUUGUUUGGAAUUCUAUCGUAGGGGGAUUUGCUCAAAACAGUGAUGGUGAUGAAGCUUUGAACCUGUAUAAGAGAAUGAAGAGAGCUGGUUUUCCACCUGAUCAGUCGACACUAACUAGUGUCUUGAGAGCCUGUACUGGGUUAGCGCUUCUAGAAUUGGGCAGACAGGUCCAUGUUCAUGUAAUAAAGUUUGAUCAAGAUCUAAUCCUUAAUAAUGCACUUCUGGAUAUGUAUUGCAAGUGUGGCAGUUUGAAAGAUGCAAACUUCGUGUUUACUAGGAUGUUGGAGAAGGAUGUAAUCUCUUGGAGCACCAUGAUUGCAGGGUUAGCCCAAAACGGUUUCAGCCGAGAGGCACUAAACUUGUUUCAAUCCAUGAAAGAUUAUGGGGCAAAACCUAACUACAUUACAAUUCUUGGGGUUCUGUUUGCCUGUAGCCAUGCUGGGCUUGUAGAAGAUGGGUGGUACUACUUUCAAUCGAUGAAGAAACUUUUUGGGAUCGAUCCAGGAAGAGAGCAUUAUGGUUGCAUUAUUGAUCUACUUGGAAGGGCUGGGAAGCUUGAUCAAGCAAUUAAGUUAAUUAAUGAAAUGGGAUUUGAACCAGAUGCUGUGACGUGGAGAGCUUUGCUGGGUGCAUGCAGAGUUCACCGAAAUGUGGAUCUAGCUAUAUUUGCUGCCAAACAAAUUUUAAAACUGGACCCUGAAGAUGCAGGAACCUAUAUAUUGUUAUCUAAUAUAUAUGCCAAUUCUCAAAGGUGGGAUGAGGUUGCAGAAGUUAGGAGGACCAUGAAAGCUAAAGGAGUCAGGAAAGAACCAGGGUGUAGCUGGAUUGAAGUGAACAAACAGAUUCAUGCUUUUAUUUUGGGAGAUAACUCACAUCCACAAAUAGAUGAGAUCAACAGUCACCUAAACCAGUUGAUUCAUAGAUUGAUGGGGCUGGGUUAUGUUCCAGACACUAAUUUUGUCUUGCAAGAUCUUGAGGGUGAACAGAGCGAAGAUUCACUUCGAUACCACAGUGAGAAACUGGCAAUUGCCUUUGGUAUGAUCAGCAUGUCAAGGGGGAAGACUAUCAGGAUCAGGAAAAACAUCCGGAUUUGCGGAGACUGUCAUAUCUUUGCAAAACUGUUAACAAAGAUGGAACAGCGGACUAUAGUUAUUAGAGAUCCCAUUCGGUACCAUCAUUUUCAGGAUGGGGUAUGCUCUUGUGGGGAUUAUUGGUAAUAGAAUAUGAAGAGUAUAGCUUUUGAUGCUUGCAUCUGCUGGGUGCCAAUAGAAGCGGGUGUAAAGAGACCAGAAAAUAGCUCAGCUCCCAGGCAAACUGCAUAAUCAAGACAGUAAUUUCGCAAAAGCUGCAUAAGACCUUAAAUCACAAAUGUGAGAAGCAAUAAGCAGCACUGCAGCACAACCAUAUGAUCAGAAUGAAUUUUGGGAACAGAGGUGGACCGGCAACAAUGCAACUUACUAAAGCUGUGUUCAGGAGCAAUCAGAUGUACAACAUAUAUUAAUUUGAUAAAUUCUGUAGAAUGAUAUGUUUUGUUCAAUUCAAUAGAAAGAAUGCUAAAUGCAAUGUGAAAUGAAAUGCAAUAUGACAAACGUAUACGGUGAUAUAUUGCACUAAAAUUGCAUUCAUUUGCCUAAA